AUCCACGCUAAUAUAUUACCAUGAUACCAUCACAUCAUACAUAGCUUAAUUAAUUCAGCCGUCUGUGUGUGUACAGCUACUCUAACCAGUCAAUCUAUGCAUAAACAAAUUCAUAAUGAGCCAGAGAAAGAUCAGAUAUCUUUUAUCAAUGUGCAAGUAGGCAGGCAUAAAAUGGCAAGUCGCGGGGGACGACUCCAAAGCUGAGCUGCGGAUUGAGAACGACAGAGAAGCUAGCUGCGAUGGACGGCACGGCCGGCGGCUCACCUGCGUCGCCCGCCGGCGAAUCGCGGGACACGUCCUCCUCCUCCUUCUCCGGCGGCGGGGAGGGGAAGAAGGUGUACGUGGCGGUGGGGGCGGGGGAGUCCAAGGCCAUGGUGCUGUGGGCGCUGCACAGGUUCCCCAGCCAAGACGACGCCACUGCCGCCACCUUCGUGCUGCUCCAUGUCUACUCCAAGCCCAGAUUCAUCCCCAUCAUGGGCAACAGGAUUCCUGCUAGCCAGGUGCAAGAGCAGCAGCUGGUUGCAUACAAGAAGAUGGAGCUGCAAAAGAUCAGUGACAUCCUGGAUCAGCACCUGCUCUUGUGUGCACAGCAAAAGGUACAAGCUGAGAAGCUUGUGGUUGAAUCAGACGAUGUAGCACAGGGGCUAGUGAAGCUCAUCUCCGAGCACCGUGUCACCGCGCUCGUCAUGGGGGCAGCAGCCAAUGAACAUUACACAAAGAAUAUGAAGGACCUCAGAUCCAAGAAAGCACAAGCUGUACAACAGCGGGCAGAUCCUCUCUGCAAAAUAUGGUACAUUUGCAAAGGAACACUCGUUUACCAUAGGAAGGAUAUUCCCCUUAGAAAUGAAGCAAUGCAGGAAGAUGUGCAAAAGUCUGGUGAUCAGCAGCUAUCACUGGAUAGGACAACCAGCUUAUCAGAGACGUGGUGCAUUUCAAACACGUGGCUACAAAAGCCAAACAUCGCACUGCAGACCGAAAGGGCAAGUCCGUGCAGAUCGUACGAUAAUGAAAAUGAAAUUGUUAAAGAAUUUGACGAGCCUGAAAAUAAAUUCCAGUGUAUGCUCCGGGAGUUAGAUAGUGUAUGGAAACAAGCUUAUGAAGAAAUAUGCAGUCGCAGGAAGGCAGAAAGGGAGUUAGUUGAGGCUCUCCAGAAAGCACGAGAUUCCGAGAAUCUGUACUUUGGAGAAGUUAAGCAAAGGAAUGAAAUAGAGGAGAAGAUGACAACAACAAUGGAGGAAGUUGAGAGACUCACUCAAAAAACCGAUAAACUUUGUGCAGAACUUCAAGAUGAGCGCAAGAAACGAUUGGCCCUGGAGAAGAGAACUGCCCACUCAGACCGUAUCAUCAAGGAUUUGAUGUUGCAGUGUGACAAAGCUGUAAGAGAGGUAGAAGCACUACAUGCAAAGAAAGGAGAGUCUAGUGCAGCCGCAGAGGGGACAAUGCACAUAACAGAACUAUCCUGCUCAGAGAUUAGAGAAGCAACCAACAACUUUGACCACUCAUUGAAGGUUGGAGAAAGUGUUUACGGCAGUGUGUACAAGGGCUUUCUUCGGCACACACAUGUAGCAAUAAAGAAGUUGAAUCGUGAAAACACACAGUCACAGUUCAAUCAAGAGGUUGAAUUAUUGGUUCUAGUUAACUAUUUGCUUUCUUUCAUCACAUAUUUUGCUGGUUCAAAUAAAUUACUGUGUUGUAAGUUGUUAAAUAUGCCUACUUUGCAGGUAGAGAUUCUCAGCAGGGUGAGGCAUCCAAACCUGGUUACUCUUAUAGGAGCUUGCAAGGAGGAUCAGGCUCUUGUCUACGAAUACAUGCCCAAUGGAAGCUUGGAUGACCGCUUGGCUUGCAAGAACAAUUCUAAACCUCUUGGAUGGCAGUUGCGAACCCGCAUCAUUUCUGAUGUUUGCUCCGCACUGAUCUUCCUCCAUUCUAAUAAACCUCAUAGCAUUGUUCAUAGCGACCUCAAAGCAUCUAACAUUAUUCUUGAUGGGCAUAAUGUAGCAAAGCUCAGUGGUUUCGGUGUGUGCCGUAUGUUCACUGAUGAGUUCAGGAACACAACCACUCUAUAUAGGCAUACCCACCCAAAGGGAUCCUUUGCGUAUAUUGAUCCUGAAUAUGUUAUGACUGGUGAUCUGACACCCCAAUCUGAUGUAUACUCUUUCGGAAUCGUGCUCCUACGCCUCUUGACUGGAAGACCAGGAUUCGGGCUGUUGAAAGAUGUGCAACGGGCAGUGGAAAAGGAUUGCUUGGUGGCAAUAUUGGAUUCAUCUGCUGGGGAUUGGCCAGCUAUGCAGGCUGAACAAUUGGCUCGGGUUGGUCUGAGCUGUUGUGAAAUCAGAAGAAAAAAUCGCCCUGACCUGCGAACAGAGGUUUGGACUGUACUUGAACCGAUUUUGAAAUCUACUUCCAUUAUGCUAUGUUCCUUGUCAUUUAAAUCAGUAUCCGAAGACCUUGGUGGCGUGCCAUCCUACUUCAUCUGUCCAAUACUACAGGAUGUAAUGAGGGAGCCUCUAAUUGCUGCAGAUGGUUUUACCUAUGAAGCCGAAGCUAUAAGGGAGUGGAUUGACAGUGGACACCAGACAUCACCCAUGACAAACCUUGAGCUAUUCCACCGUGAUCUUUUGCCGAACCAUGCCCUCCGUUCUGCAAUCCAAGAAUGGCUGCAGACAAACGCAAAUUAAUAAGUUAGCUUUAUCGCCAAGGAACAUGGGCUACAGGUGUGUAACUCCCUACAUAAACCACAAGAAACGGAACACUGCCGCGUGUAUUCUGGAAGAGCUACUGGUGCUUUUUUGUUUUGCUUCUUUAGCAAAACUUAUAUGUAAAUGUAAUAACUUGGAGCUCCAUCAGUGGCAUGCUGGACUUUGUACAUGGAUUUAUUAAGAGAAAACUGUUUUUGUGAUGAUA